UACACCCAUUUUAUGUGGUGGAAACCUUAACGUUGUCAAAUUAGAUUCGGUGAGCUGGGAUAGACUGGGAGUUUGGUUCAGAGAAGGUCAGACAUAGCCUACUGCCGGACAGGGCAAGAAGAGUAAAGACUGAAUGUGGGAUAGGAAAUCUGACUUGAACCAUCUACGGAAAAGUAUCCCAGUUGUUUCAUCCAGCAAUCAAGGAUCUGACGAAUGACAAAGGUUGGCUGCGUAAACUUUGGCAUUCAGGUCUGAUCGUUUCUUAAACCGGCCUGUUGUUUUUAGUGGAGGCUCUGAAAGAGAACAUCAUGGCAAGGCGGACUGUGCACGAAGUAACAGUUCAAGAUGUACAGAAGAGGAGAAAUCCGAACAAACACUAUGUUUACAUCAUCAAAGUGUCUUGGUCUGAUGGUAGCACUGAGGUCAUCUUCAGGCGCUACAGCAAGUUCUUCGAUCUGCAGAUGGAGCUUCUGGAUAAGUUCCCUGUGGAAGGAGGGCAGAAAGACCCCAAGCGGAGAAUCAUCCCUUUUCUACCAGGGAAGAUCCUGUUCAGGAGAAGCCAUAUCAGGGAUGUGGCCAUGAAGCGCCUGAGGCCUAUCAACGAGUACUGCAGGGCUCUGAUUCAGCUGCCUGUGUACAUCUCCCAGUGUGAGGAGGUCCGUGUGUUCUUCGAGACCCGACCUGAAGACCUCAACCCACCCAAAGAGGAACUCAUUGGAAAGAAGAAGUCCGGCAUUGUGGAGAGAGCGACUACUUUCCUAAAGAGAGGAGACUCCAGCGCAGGUGACCCCCUGCUCCUGGACCAGUACGUGGCUGUCACUGACUAUGAGAAGCAGGAGAGCUCUGAGAUCAGCCUGCACGUGGGACAGACGGUGGAGGUCAUCGAGAAGAAUGAGUCUGGUUGGUGGUUUGUUAGUUCUGACGAGGCCCAGGGCUGGGUCCCUGCCACCUGCCUGGAGGCCCAGGAUGACCCUGAUGACUUCUCCCUGCCCGGUGAGGAAGAGGAGACGUACACAGUGAUCUACCCGUACGCAGCGAGAGACCAAGACGAGAUCGACCUGGAGAGUGGCAUGACAGUGGAGGUCAUUCAGAAGAACCUGGAGGGCUGGUGGAAGAUCAGGUACCAGGGACAGGAGGGCUGGGCCCCGGCGUCCUACCUGAAGAAGGCCGACAUCCUGAGCCAGAAGCUGGCAGCGGGCCAUGCCAGCACCAACGAUCUGGACGGAUUCUCCAAGCAGCAGAACCAAGCCAAAGAGAGCAAAGGAGACAACAAGGACCAGAAAGACAAGGGCUUCUCCCCCUUUGCCAAGCAGCACAAACAAGGGGCGAGACAGAGACCACCACCGCGCAGGGAUCUCACCAUCCCGAGGGGGCAGAACCUGCCCAAGCCGCCCACCCCUCCUCAGGUGGAGGAGGAAUUCUACACCAUCGCAGACUUCCAGACCACCAUCCCAGAUGGCAUCAGCUUCCAGGCUGGGGUCAAAGUGGAGGUGAUAGAGAAGAACUCCAGUGGCUGGUGGUACAUUCAGAUUGAAGACAAAGAGGGCUGGGCCCCCAUUACCUUCAUUGACAAAUACAAAAAGACCAGUGUGACCCCGCGCCCUAACUUCCUUGCACCUCUGCCCAACGAGAUGGCCCAGCUGAAGCUGGAGGAUGGCACUGCCAGCGGCACGGGGCAAGAGGACAGCUGGUCCAAACCGCUGCCAGACGAGCCCACCGCGAGCAGCGAGUACGGAGCCCGGCCCAAACUCAGAGACUGGAAGUCCAGCGCCAGUAAGGGGGCAUCAGCCUUCUCCGGACCCCUGCCCCCCGCCCCAUCUGCCCCACCUGCUGAGGAGAAGCCAGCCUUGCCACCCCGCAGGGAGUCCAUCAACAAGAGCCUGGACAUUGAGAUUACUGUGGAGAAACCCAGGCCAGACCUAUCCAAACCCAUGCCUCCAAAACCCCAAGCCCCGGGUGUCAUCAUGCCCCUGCUCACCCCCAAAGCUGCCCCCUUCAAGCCUGACAAGCCACCUGAGCCCAAGAGAGAGGUCGCGAACAAGCCUCUGCAUCUGAAGAAUGAGAUGGGUCUGGAGUGUGGCCACAAGGUCUCCGCCAAAGAGGUGAAGAAGUUCAACCUGAAACCUGUGGCUAAGCAACCAUCCAAGCCCAAGUUUGAUCCACCGGAGGAGAAACCAGAGGUCGCCGGCCUUGCACUGUUCAUGAAGCCUAAACCCAUAGUCCGGCCCAAACCCGUCCCAGCUGCCAAGCCAGAGCCGCCAGCUGAGAACAAGCUGGACAUCACCAACCUGAGGAGCAAGCUGAAGCCUUCAAAGCCAGUUGAACCAGGCUCUGGAUCAGCAGAGCCAAGCCAGCAAAACGGCACUGCAGCCAACAACGCCCCUAGCAACGUUCUCCCCAAGAUGCCGCCCCCCAACCUUCCCCCUAAUAAUGCUUUACCCAAGAUGCCCCCUCCUAAUAACGUUCUCCCCAAGAUGCCGCGUCCCAGCAGCCCCCCUAUCAAUGCCCUCCCCAAGAUGCCCCUGGCCCCCAAUGCUCUCUACAAUGGCAAGGCCACUGACGAGCCCAAAUUCCCCCAUAAGCAGCAAAACGGCCACGGACAGGUGAGCUCGGACAAAUGUGCUGUUUCCCCACACAAAGAACCUCCAGGUAGACCCGCCGUCCUCCCUAGGAGACCCCCUCCACCCAAAAAGACCCCUGAGCCAUCCAGCCCCACAGAAACCAAAGCCCCCCUGAAAGAGCUCCCAGACACAAAGCCUGCUCCCCCCCAGCUCAGCAGGCCCCCUCCCCCUAAACCCAAGGCCUUCGUACUACCCCCACCCAAAGACAAGGAGAAGGUGGUCCCAAAGCCCCUGCUUAAGAGUGAGAAACCAGGCCCUCCGAGGGACAAGCUGCCUCCUCUGAUCAAGGAUCCCAGUAAAGAGGAGCUGUUCUUGGCCGUGGCGGACUUUGAGGGCGACGAUCAGACGGCCAGCUUCAAGGAGGGCACCAUGUUCCAGGUGAUGGAGAGGAACAGCAGCGGCUGGUGGUUUUGUAAAAAUCUAGGAGAAGGGCCAAUGAAAGAGGGCUGGAUCCCCUCCAAUUACCUGACCAAGAAACCCUAAGUACCAGGUUCUGUUGGUUUUUUUAAUACAUAAAGAUAUCACUAAUUGUAUUUAAUUAGCUUUUUAUUUUAUUUAUAGUUACCUUUUUUUUUAAAUAUGUGUUUGUUACAUUCCAUUUGUUUAGCAUUCGAGCGAGAAUGAACCAGCAAUGACACGUUUCUGUUGCAUUUCUUUUUAAAUAUUUGUUUUACUUUAUAUCCUCGUUUCAAAUUACCGGGCAUCAAAUCGGGGAAAAGCAAAUGUCCCUUUCAAGUUCACUUUGUGCCAUACAGUAUGUUACUCAAGCCUAUGUCCUUUUAUGAUAUGUAUCACAAGCUUUGUAAUAGAACAAAAUAUGUCCUUCCAAGCCUUCUAUAGUAUUGUGCCUCAGUAUAAUAAGUGCUUUAAGCUUAAAUAUAUGCAAUUUAGGUAGUUCGUGUCUCAGUUAGCAUAUCAAAGAUGCUUCAGUCUGAGUAGAGUCGAAACUGACAGUGCAAUGCAUAUGGAAAAUAAAUCAGACCAUACGAUAGAGGAACCAGGGUCCGUAUUCACAAAGUGUCUCGUAGGAGUGCUGAUCUAGGAUUAGUUUUGCCUUUUAGAUCAUAAUGAAUAAUAUUACAUGAACAGGGUGUACCUGAUCCUAGAUCAGAUCCUAGAUGGCCAUGUAUACUCAGAUACCUCAAAGAACAGUCCUCCUCCUACUAUGGCUGCAACGGAGGUUACAAGGGAAGUUCGAGGACAUUUUGUUUUUCAAGAACUAAAAUAGCAACACUUCAUGAGGAGUUUUUGCCAAGUGAUUCUAAGUGCUUAUAUGAAACAUUUAUACAGUUUUCAUGCGUUUGUGAAUGUGUUUCUUUUUUCUUUAGGAACUGAAUAAUAAUGUUCCGGUUGAUUUUUUACAGAUGUGCACUUUUCAGAUUAUUCAGACUGAUUCAGAUGGUUCAGGUUUCACACUGUGGCUUAACAGACAGAGAGAGAGAACGUAGUGUACAAAUGAAUGCCAUAGCCAUGUUUUAAAACCUCAAAUGAGGUCUUAACAUUGGGAAAUGUAUGCCAGAGUUAGAGUCUAGUUAAUCUCCUCUCAGGAUGGACUGAAUUGACUUCAUUGAAAUGAACUGGACCCCUUCCCUGGUGUUCACAGUACGAUGGUGAAAAACACACAAGUAAGAAUGACUGAUUCAAGUAGAGAUUACAUCAGGCUGCUUCUGGUAAAUACAAUAUUCCAUAAUUAUGCUGUAGGCCAAGGUCUACCAUUACUACAGCCCCUAAAUUAGGGAAUUCACAUGUGAUGUGUGCAAUGAUACAAUACAAAAUACUGAAUCUCCAAAACAGUGCUCAAAUAUAAAACCGUAUUAUAAAGUGUGAUCAUUGCUCAUUGUUUUACAUUAGUGCUUGACUGGUUUCAAGCACAGACUCAGAAAAAUAAUUAUUGUACUUCCAGAAUGAAGUAAUGUCAGCUGUUGUCACUUUUUGUUUAUUUUUCACCUCUUGCCCGGUCUGGUCAAUGGGAAAUAGGGUCCAGUCAGUCAUACAGUAGUGAAAUGAAGGGUUUUUUGGAUGUUGUAGUUGGUCAUGUGAAAAGGCUUAUGGGUUGGUCUCCUAGGAGAUGCACAGACAAGGCUAGGAGUGGCUGUAGCUAGCUCACAGGUUCAUUGGAGAAUCUUUGAAUAUGGUUGAUCUGCUCCUAGCUGCUAUGCUAGGUUUUUUUUUCUCUCCCCAUUUUCCCCUCUGAAUCAUCUUAUGUUAGAGUACUAUGUCCAAUGUCAUUCCAUGGCUGAUAAAUCAAAGAAAUGCAAUCAAGUGUAUUAUUUUAAAGGACUUAGUGCCUGUGUCCGGUCAUGAACAACAUUGGUAACAGUGAAAUGAUCAGUGAAGUUACUUGGGGUUUUCCGUCUUUUAGCCAGUGUGCAUAGUGCACUUGAAAAGUACUGCUAUUCAUAAUGUCAGAUUUGUAAUGGUAAUGAUCAACACAUGGAGUAAGCCCUGAUUUAGUGGAACGUCUGAGUGAAACGUGGAUUGGGUUAGAAUGACUGUUGGAUAAACUCAUGUAUUCUACAGUUUGUUUACUGAAGCAUAAAGACAAAAGGCAAGCAGGGAUGUGAACCCUGCAAUGUAAGAAAACCAUAUGGGAUAUUAGUCUUAUUGCUUUAAGUAACACUUUACCCUAAACAGGCCAAUUUAAUACAUUUCAAAAGAAGGCACUUUUUCUUUAUUCUUUGAGAUAUGCAGCAGGACAUCUUUUCCCAUCAAAUUGCAGAUAUCCCAUCUAAGUACUGUAGUGUUUUUUAUUUUCUUAUUCUUGUGUAUUUCCUUUCAUGGUCUCAUCUUUCAUAUUAAAUCAAUAAACAAUUUUCAUUUUUG